AUGAUUCUCGAAGAGAUCCGGUACAUUCUCGAGGAUCUCGAGCGGCUGGAGCAGGCGAUUGUGGACCGGCUGGUCGACGAGCCGGCGCAGAUCCGCGAUCGCCUCAACCGGCAGCAUGAGGUGGCCCAGCUGCUCGACCACAUGCAGAAGCAAUCGAGCGAGGCGCUGCAGCUGUACGGCAGCGCCCAGGGCGAGCGUGCUGAGGAGGUGCGUCUGGUCGGCGACUCGGGCGACCCGAUGGACCUCUUCUACCGGCAGUGCGAGGACACGCUGGCCUACCACGCACGCUAUCCCAACGAACCGAUCGACCAGCCGGAGCUUCGAUACCGGCCCAAGCGGCCGGCCGACCUGUCCGAGCUGCAGCCGACGCUCGUCGACACCAUGUUCUCGGGUGAGGAGGGCUUCGGCCGCUUCUUCGACCUCAAUGCCAGCUACGAGCAGUUCAUCAACCUGCCCAACGUCAAGCGCCUGACCUACCUGCAGUACCUCGAGGUCUUUGACCACUUUGCCCCAGGCGCGGCCAGCGGCAUCAAGCGCGCCGACAAGCUAACCGAGGACUACCUCCGCUACGUCGGCGACCUGGCCGCCUACCUCGAGUCGUUUAUGCGCAAGUCGCGCCCGCUCGAGAACCUCGACCGCGUCUUCGGCGGCUUCGACGACGACUUUGCCCGCCUCUGGGCCGGCGACGAGGUGCCCAACUGGAAGGCCGACACGACGGCCGAAAGUGCCGGCAGCAGCAGCAGUGACAGCCACCCGCCGCUGACCUCACCCGACGCCGUCUGGUGUGCCGACUGCGAGAAGGAGUUCAAGAACGAAAACGUCUACCGGGGCCAUCUGUCUGGACGAAAGCACGUGCGCGCGGCCGAGCAGCGCGCCCAGAGGAUGUCCAGCGGCACCGCCGGCGGAGACGGUGCCGGCGCCGGUGCCGAGGCACACCGGCUACGUGAGCGUGCCGUCGCCGAGCGCGAGUACCGCGUGCAGCGGCUCGUCGCCGCCAUGAGCACCGAGAAGGACGACACGCGCACCAAUGUCGAGCGGCGCCAGGGCAUGACCGAACGCGAGCGGCAGCAGGAGCUCGAAAACCUCUACAGCAUGACGUCACAGCCGUCACAGGAGAUGGAGCUGGACGGCAACGAGGACGAGGACGGCGACGACAAGAUGUACAACCCACUGAAACUUCCGUUGGCUUGGGACGGCAAGCCGAUUCCGUUCUGGCUGUACAGACUGCACGGCUUGGGCGUGGAGUUUGACUGCGAGAUCUGCGGCCAUUUUACCUAUAUGGGCCGCCGCGCAUUCGAGAAACACUUCAACGAGAGCCGGCACAUCCAUGGCCUUCGGUGUCUGGGCAUCUCCAACCCGACCCUAUUCCGGGAUAUCACUAGCAUCGAGGAGGCUAUGCGGCUGUGGGACAAGCUAGAGAAGGAGAAGAAGAAGACCAAGAUUGACGACAGUUCCGUCGUCCAGAUGGAAGAUGCAGAUGGACACGUCAUGCCGGCAAAGGUGUACUACGACCUGCAGAAGCAGGGGUUGUUGUGA